GACUCUGGAAGGAUGAGGUCCUCCCUGAUGCCUUUUGGGCCCCCUGUGAGCCGGGACCGCGUCAUCACCAGCUUCCCUAAGUGGUACAUGCCAGACGCCUGCCUGCAGCUCAAGGAGCACUUUCACGGGCAGGUCAGUGCCGCCUGCCAGCACAGGAACAUGGGCACUAUCGGGCUGAAGCUCUCCAAGGUGGUUGUCGUCGGCGAUCUCUACGUGGGCAAGACCAGCCUCAUCCACAGGUUUUGCAAGAAUGUUUUUGACCGUGACUACAAGGCCACCAUCGGGGUGGACUUUGAAAUCGAGCGCUUUGAGAUCGCUGGGAUUCCCUACAGCCUCCAGAUCUGGGACACAGCAGGGCAAGAGAAGUUCAAGUGCAUCGCAUCCGCCUACUACAGGGGUGCCCAGGUGAUCAUCACGGCCUUUGACCUCACUGACGCGCAGACUCUGGAGCACACCAGGCAAUGGCUGGCAGAUGCACUGAGGGAGAACGAGCCGGGCUCCUGCUUUGUGUUCCUAGUGGGAACCAAGAAGGACCUUCUGGCAGGGACGGCGUGUGAGCAGGCGGAAGCGGAGGCCGUGCGCCUGGCCAACGAGAUGCAGGCCGAGUACUGGGGAGAACGUGAAGGCUUUCUUCAGCCGCGUGGCUGCCCUAGCGUUCGAGCAGUCGGUGCUGCAGGAUCUGGAGAGGAGGAGCAGCGCCCGGCACCAGGUCGGCGACGGAGACCUCAUCCGAGUGGAGGGAAGUCCACCCGAGACCCAGGAGAGCAAGAGGCCCUCCGCCCUGGGUUGCUGUUAGCUGAGGCCUGCGUCAGAGGCCUCCACUCCCCACACGCGCACAGACAGUGCCUUCCGUGACUGGAGGGGUGACGUGGAUCCCAAGCUCUGCAACGUGACUGUCCACCCACUGUGCUGAGCCCCAGCACUCAGCCACUUCUGUUUAGUGGCUCAGGAGCCAGGAAAGGCCCCCCAACACUGUCCAGUUGGUGGGAGCACUGUGGUGAUCAUCUGGAAGACCAGUCACACCUCCAGAGUUGCCAGACAGUCCCCUCUGGCCUUGAGACACUUGUGCCCCAUGGCCCACAGCCCUCGCCCUCAGCACACAUCAGCAGUCCACUUGGACACUCUUCCCCAGCUUUCCUGAGUUGGCCUCAGAAUCCUUCUCAUCUCAGUGGUGCAGGCAAGCAGGACUUAUCAGAGUUGGCCAUGAGGGAAUACCCACCUACCAUCCCUGCUUGGGCCUUUUCUGUCAUCAACAGGACUUGCAGUUCUGGGCCUCGGAGCCCCAGACCUCACUGUCCACUCUCCCUCUGCCACAGACUCAUGAGGUCCCUGGACAGCCCUGCCUCUCUGGAGGAGGAUGGACGAGAAGGUCUCUCAGGCCCCUUCUAGCCGGGGGACUGUCUCUGGCUCCCCCAUGAUCGCCAGGUCCUGCCCUCCUGGUCAGUGGGCGAGGAUAGGCAGAAUAGGCCAGUCGUGCCCACCUGGACAGUGAAUUUCCCCAGUCGUGCUGCAGGAGGAAGACUGCCCAACUGUCCCAGGGGGAACUUGCUGCUACAUCCCAUGUACGUGUCACUGCCUGGCUCUGCCACCAGCAGCAGUCACCCAGACUCUCCUGGCCUGGCACCCACUGUUGCCCCCACCACCUCUCUCUCCCACCAGGCUGCACAGGAAGGGCCUGGGGCCAAGAAAGCGCUGGGCCUUUCUUGUCAGGACCUUUGUGAUGGUCCAGGACGCAUCUUUGGAGGACAUCCAAAGUCCUCCGGAGUCUAGCGUGCUCCCUGUCUCCACCACCCACUCCUGCACACUCCUCCCCUCCCCAGUUCCCGCCCAGAGUGCCCUGCCCUCCUCCAUGCCCAUCAUGUUGCUCCCCAACCCGCCCCACACCCCACAGCCCUGGGUUUGCCCUCUCAUCCUCGCCCACCUCGUGCCAUAGGCUGGUGGGCACGUCUGGCCUCCCACCUGCUUCUUGUAGACAGCUAGGGUUUUUUGGGCAGCCUUGCUGGUCAGCGCCGUCUCCCGGUGUCUCAAACAGUGCCUGGCACACUGCAGGCGCCCGGUGGAUGCUCAUCGGCUCACAGCGAUUGCCAAAUAUCAUUGCAGAGGAACACUGGCAUCUUCUGUUCAUUCCCCUUUCACCACAUUUUUAGCUCUCUUUUUUUAUAGAUAUGAAAAAAUACUUCUUUAUAUAAAUCAUUCUUAAAGCAAUUACGUUCAUGCUUAUUGUAAAACAAGACAGUGCAAAGCUUUGUAUAAAAUGCAAAGUGGAAGUCCCCCUCCAGUCAGUGGCACUCCCUGGAAGGAAGCGUUAACAGCUGGUAGGAUUCCUUCCAGACUGUUUCUACACGAGCUUAUUUGCUGUUUAAACAGAAUGACCUCUCGCCACACCUGCUGCCAGGCAGCCUGCGUUUUUGAUGACCUGCCGAGGAGCCCUCACUGUGGGCGCACGCUGAGCCUGCUGGUUCCUUUGGCAGCUGCCAGUUAUCCUUCGUGUGGCUGGCCCAUAGUCCGCCUACCCUGCCCCGUAUGUGGGCCAUUUGGUUUGUGUCCAGCUUUUAGCUUUUACCAAGGUGCCACAGUGACCAUCCUUGUGAUUACAGCUUUGCACACUCCAGAUUCCCCAAAGGGGCCUUGCUGGCCCUUCUGUGGACUGUGGCCCCGGCUCAGUCCACUGGACACAGUCUUGGGUGGCAGGCCGCAUUGGGGGUACGUCAGGACCAGGUUUGCAGCACACGGCAGGAAGUGUCGCAGGAUGGAAGAGCCCGCCACAGUGGUCUGGCGCUCUCCAUGGCUCCUCCCCUCUCCCCUUCAGGCCCAGGACGGGGAGGAGGGUGCAGUAAUGAUGCCCUGCUAUUACUAGCUCCUCGGCUAGAAACAUGCUGUCUCCUGUGCUCCCACCCUCUGUAAAUGGCCCUUUAUUAAACUCUCCCCGUGUU